CGGAAAGAAAAGAAAAUCAUGCACUCUGCCUCGAGCUCCAUAGGUCUCCUCGUGUGUCGCAAACAGGCCAACGUCGCAUCACAUCACAUCACAUCCACACACACACACACACUUAAACAAACACACACACAAACGCCAGGCUUCACAUGGACGAGACACACACAGGUCGUUAAGACCAUCACCUACGCCAAAAACAACAAGUGUGGCUAUCUAUCAGACAGCCGCUCACCCCCUCUUGUCAGCGAUCUCCUCGAGUAUGCGACAGACGACCUCCAAACACGGCUGCACCGUGGAUAUCUGCACCCUCUCGUCGGGCGAGUGGGCACCAGUGAUGGUGGGGCCAAACGACACCAUAUCCAUCCCUGACACAGACAGCCACACACACAUCCACCCAACACACGACACACACGUGUAUGGACGCGUUGAACAAGGGGUGUUCCUCCUCUUCUUGCCUGGCAGCUUCUCGCCGAGCACGCCACACUCAAGGCCGGCAUGCAGUGCAACCACAUGAGGCUCGCGGCCCAACACAGACUGCACACACACACACACACACACACACACACAUGGCAAGGCAAGUCAGGUCAGGGCAUCACCCAGCGUGGCUGCUGUCCUUCCUUCUCUCUCCACAUACCUUCAUCUUGCUUUCUGUGAUCUUGAGCAGCUCGCUGGCGUUGUUUGGCGGCCAUCCGGGGUACAUUGGUGGCUGAUCGACCUCUAUGGCGCCAAACUGCCUGGCCAGCACCGCUAGGUCGUCUCUGAUGGCCUGGAGAGCGCACCCAUGAAACGACCGCGAAGAGCAGCCGAUCGUAUAGGCUGAAAGCACGGCCAAGCAAGGACGACAAUGACGUGCAUGGGGUGGCAAGAUCCUUAGCGAUUCACCUGAGUCAUCGGUCCUCUUGAUGGACGCCACGUUGUUACUGGUCUCAGGCACUCCAGCCACACUGUGAGAGGUCUUCUGCACACCGUGUGGCAGCACACGCAGCAGAUUGACCAGGGUGAAGGCAGACGAGCUCGAUAGACACGAAGACGGGUGGGCCUGCCCCCCACACACAAGCAGACGUCGUCAUUUCUGCCAGGAAUAGGGCUUGCUUGUUGGUUGUUUGCUCACCUCGGACGAUGGCGUCACCUCGAUCGUCAUGUCUGGCUCCAUCAGGCCAUACUCCUGCGUCAGAGCCGUCAUCGACGUCCGCACACUGGCAUCCACAGCCUCGCUGGACGAUGGACGAACGGCGAUCACGGCUGACGCCUCCCGUGCGAUUGCAUUCCUCUUGUCGCCGCCACCGAUGUCGACAGCCUUGACGCCAUGCAUGCUGAUCAAGGGGGCGAGGACUCUCGCCAGCAGCUUGACCGCAUUGCCUCGAUCCUCGUGGAUGUUGAUGCCUACAGGCACACAGACAGACACCGGCCCAUAUGCAGAUGGCGACAUUUGAAUGGCUUUGAAUCACCUGAGUGUCCUCCUUUCAGCCCGGCGAUCCGCAAAGUGCUGAUCUGCCAGUCGCCAUGCAGCCUCUCCAGCGUCACAGGCAUGACGAUUCGCGUGUCGCCGCCGCCAGCGCAGCCGACCGUGACCUCACCCCAUGAUUCAGAGUCGAGAUUCAGCAUGUACUUGCCCGUCAGAAUGGCCGGAUCCAAGUCACGCGCGCCAUUCAAACCUGAGACAGAUGUACACACACGACAAAGAUGCAUUAUACCGAUACUCUGGAUGAUGGGGACGGGUUGCACACACCUGUUUCCUCGUCCACGGUGAAGAGGCACUCGAGAGGCGGCAGUUUGGCGUCCGCAGGGGCAGCCAGAAGGGCCAAUGCCAUGGCGCACCCCACCCCGUUGUCAGCCCCAAGUGUCGUCCCAUCGGCUCCCAGCCAGUCGUCACUGCUCUUGACGAGCUUGAUCGGAUCAUUGAAGAAAUCGUGAUCACGAUCAGCAUUCUUCUCGGUCACCUGACGAGUGGAAGGAAAGAGCCAGCGCGUCCCCGUUGCGUGAGCCAUGAUGGUGGGUCUGUGUAUGGGGUUCACCAUGUCGACGUGGCCCUGGAUGACCACUGUGGGUGCGUUCUCGCCUCCCCCAGAUCCUGCCCGCCUGAUAACGACGUUGCCGGCCUUGUCCUGCACAAACGUCAGCUUGUGCUUCUCAGCAUAAGACUUCAAAAACUGCAGUAUGCGGCCUGAACAUGACCCACAAGCACCAAGCAUCACUCACCUCACUGCAGAUGUGUCCAGCUGUCUUUCUACCUUCAUGUUUGCUCGGUCUGGGUAUGUUUGCAAUGAUCUUGAAGUUCUUCCACACAGGCGUGGACUCCAGCAGACUCUCGAGCUCAAGGUUUGUCGCAGCAUGCCCAUUCAUCCUCACACGGGUCUGUGUGGCGAAAGGGACGCGUAAUCGCUGGCCGAGGAAUGCGGCUCGAGAAGAGCGCAGUGCGACGAACGCCAGGGGCAAGAGGAAGCAGCAGACGACAAACAGACAGACAGACAAUCUCGGAAGGAUGCAGCGUAAAGAUGAUACGAAGUGGAGAUCUGAGCGUCCACGCUUGGAAUUGUGCAUACGAGGCUGUAGGAAAAGGAAAAGGAAAA